AUGAAAAUCCUGCGCUCGCUGGGGCGCCACGUGGGGUGCCCCCUUAAGAUUCAAAGGUCCAAGAGAACAAUAAACAAAAGGAGCAGUGUCCACCUGGGGAACAAUUAUGUUUACCUUUCAACAUUGCGCGAAUGGGUGAAAGGGGAAGCAAAAGAGGAAAAACUCGAUGAACCUUACGGGAUAACAACCCUCAUCCGUAGCAAUGGGAAUGGCGUUAUCGAUUACCCCCCGAAGAAGGUGUCUUCUCCCCCCGUUUCUCAUUCACAGCAUGGCAGGUCCACCGAGACAGAAGCAGUGAAGAACAAGAUAGAACACCUCAUGCGAAGAAACACGCAGGGCACCCUAAACGACACGGUGUUUCAAAUUCUCUCUGUAAUUAACGAAAACCCGAAAAACAAAGACGUAUACAUAAAUAAGAAAGUUUUAAUUGCCUUCCACACUCUGUUAAUAAGGAAGAAAUACCAUUUGAGCAUUUCCAAGGGAAGCAUAUGCAACGACCUUCACCCAACCAUCUUCCACUACAUCCACCACAAUGCCAAUCUACACUUAAAGUACUAUCACUUAAGUAACGUCAGUGAGUUGCUUCGCGGUUUGUCUAAGUAUAUGCAUAAGGUGAAUCCAAGUGAAUGCACUAAAGAGUUAGUUCAGAAUAUUUUUUAUUUUCACUUCUUUUCCCACUUUAACAAUUUUUACUAUUUAAGAAGAGGGGUAAAUCUUGAUUCUUUUCGUGGGGACCAUGAAGGGGGUGCAUUCGUCAAGAAGGGCAUUCACACUGAGGAUUGUUGUCACCCCGGGGAGGGGAGGAACCCUCCUGACAGAGCAACACUCCAGUUGGGGACCCCUCCAAAUGGGGGACUAACCCAAUGCCCUCUCAAACGAAGUAAUCCAUGUGGUGAUCCUAAUCAGAGGGAUGAAGUCACCUUCGGGCACCUCAACAGUUACGUUGUUUUUCUGAGCAACCACCCGAUGUACACCUCGGAGAAGGUUCUACACACUAUUUCGCUACUCGCUAAUAAAGUUACCCAAGUAGACAUAAGCGCUAAAUUGGCACUAUCCUUCUUAUCCUCUAGCAUGAACAUUUUUGAUAAACAGAAGGGGAACAGGCGGAAGCUCCUCCUGCAAAGGAAAGUGAACUACGACAUACUGCACGCUGUGAUAAGGCAGUGGAACGAUAAAGUGGGGGUAGUAACCAAAGAAGGGGGGGAACCCCCAUGUGCCCACAUGAACGAAGCAAAGAAAAACGCAUAUCCACCCUUUGUACCAAACCUGUGGGCAUACUCACAUAUAAUUAAUAUUUUGAAAAUUUUAAAGGUGAAAAAUUUCCUCUCUUCCAAGUUUUCCUUUUCGGAGGACGUGGAACGGUGUCUAAUGCAGCUCUUCAAAAGCGCCAUGAGCCUUUUGGGAAGGUUCACUCAAGGUGCUUCUCCCUACCUGAUUGGGAAAGAAAAAUGUUACUCUCAUUGGAGCGCUGUCCCCACGCAGAACGAGCUCAACAGCAUUGCAACGAUCUACGUUAACGUGGCAGUCCUCCUCAGCGAAGUAAAAAAUUGCUCCACCCUCCGUUGGUCGAUUAUGACAAUACUGAACAGCUGCUACAGGAUUGUGCUUACGUACUACCCCAUGCUGCACGAAAAUAUGCUCAUCAAUCUUGUUAGGGGAAUCAACCACCAGGUGGCAGCCUAUUCUGAUAUGACUUCUUUUAGGAGUUGCUCCUCUCAAAUGCAGGAAGUAGAGGUGGGAAGAGAUCCCCCCUGCGGGAUGUCCCACUCGAGGGAAGGAGAAGAACUACUGAAUGCGCCUAAAGCGUUGUUGCACCUCCUUGGGGAGGUAACUAACUGUCUGAUAUUUCCAAGCAGAGAAGAGAAAAGGCUACCCACGGAAAAACUCAUAAUAGUUCUUAGCUACCUGGACAAAAUCAGCAAAAUUUACCUUCCCUUCACCAACAACGAAAUGCUGAAAGGGUGCAUUUUAAAACUUUUGCAAGAAAUUGGGAAGCAAAUUCUAAACGAAGAAGCAAAUGUAUCCAACCACCACAUGUUAAUAUUGAUGAAUGUAGAGUUGUCUCAUCGAGGUGGUCAACUGAAUGUCCCCCUCCUGCACGCAUGCCUCAACCACCUGGAGGAGGGCUCCUCCAACCUGUUCCAGAACGAAGCAGAGAUCAUUCUAUUUCUGCACUUUUUGAAAAGGUUUCGUGAGGCGAAGAAGGUUUGUGGUGAUUGCACCUACACCCACAGUGAAGACCAUACCCAACACGAUGAUACGUUGCUUUUUCACAGAGAAACCGCUAGUAGGGGCAGUCUAUAUCAGGUCGAUAGAAUGGUUACCCAACUGGCAGAUAAAGUUACUCGUGUAGUUUUCUUCCCCAGGGUACCCAACUUGGCCAAUGCACCCACCUGGUUUAACCAGACAACACCCCUCAUAAGAGGCCCGCACAAAAUGUACCCCCUCAGAGUGUACUUCCUGGCAUAUGAACAUAUCUCCCCAAAUUACCCAAAUGGGGAACGCAUAAAGGAUACUUUACUCAACCGGUUAACGCAACUCAUGCAGUUACAAAAGGGGAAGCUAACGGAGGAAGAUUUCUUUUCCAUUAUGUCGUCUCUACUGAAGCAUAAAAUUGUGGACCAUAAUGCUUACUUGCUAUAUGACUCUUUUUUGAGGACACGUGGUGGGUUCCUCCAAAUGAAGUAUGUCUUCUUGGUGUUGAAGCGGAUUCUGGAGGAAAUUUCUGAGGGCAACUUACUUAGUAUAUGCACACACGAUUCGUCUUCGCAGGUUAGUGUAGACUCCCCACUCUUAUCCAUCAUAAACACGUCAUGCGAUCUCAUCCUGCGUGACAAUCAGUACCGUGAAAAUUUCACCUUUUUUAAGGAGAUUCUGCACGUGUAUCUAGAUAAGUACCCAUGCUUUGGAGAGAUAACCCCCCAAUUUAACCUCUUCCUGUUGGCCCACUUCAACAAUUUUCUAUGCACAAUGGAACAGUUAAGUGAAAGUGAGCUGGCCAGACUAGUUUACCACAUGGCUAGCUUUUACUACACGAUUAAUAAGUUUUCAAACGAUGGGUUCGAUAUAUGCGGGGCAAAAUGUAACUUAACUUGCCACACUGUUGCAAAUUCGUGGGGGGAAAAAAAAGAACAAGUAAAAAUUAGGGGCGAUUCCAUCGGUUCCUCUCACCGUCUAUUACCUACGCCUUCCCACAACGAUGUUAAGUCGGAUGGUGCCUCCCAUCUGAACAAUCAAGGGAGCAUAACCGUCCACUCGGGGGAAGACAAAAUGAUCCCCUACAACGAGCAGGACAUGGGCAAGAAACUGCUCCAGCAGCUUAACUGCCUCUUGGAUGCACUAUACACUGAGGAACUAAAACGUCAGAAACGCAACGACCACAUGAGAUUAUCCCUCAGUAAUAUUAUUCAAGUGUUUCUUUCUUUGAAAAAUGCGAAACUGAGACACAUCGACUUGAUGCGUGUACUUUCCGAAAGGUGUGUCUCCGUCAUGUUUUCCCAACGAGGGACCAUAAAGCUAGAGCUGCAGAUUCGGUUCUUUAACAGUGUGGUGUUUCUGGACUAUUUAAAUGCUCUGGAUGAGGCAUUUCUACGCUUGGGUCAUUGCCACCCACGUGGGGAAGACGACACCUCCAUGCAACCGAGACACAUCCUCUAUGAGCACUUUCAGCAACUACCCAGACAAGCUCUAUACACGUCAAACAUUUCGACGUACCUCCUCAACUUCGUCUCCAUCCUGGAUUAUCUACCCAUCCAGCAUCAGAGAAGGGGUGGUCAGAAGGCCGCACGUUGGGUUUGUGAACUCCUUCAAAUGUUCUUCCCUAAAGAAGUUGUACGUUCCACGAAUACGUCUACACGGAGUAGUAAAAAUGAUCAGUGCUACUCUCCCCCCCCAACCAAUCUGGACAAGCGAAACGUCUUUUUGCUCCUCAGCCUCCUGCACCUGGGUAAGUACCCGCAUGUAAAUAUUGGGACAUUCCCCUUAAAGUUCUUGCAACAGUUUUACAGCCAUUUCAUUCUUAGCGAAUUCGCUCACCUGGGUGUCAGUUCAGCAGUGCGGUCCUCCUCCACCCAUCAGAGCAUUUACAAAUUUUUGGAGACUUACCUGCGGAAGGAAUUUCCAAACUAUGACAUUUACAACGAAGAGGAGGUGCUCCUCUACAAGGUGGACCUGGUCAUCCGGCCGAAGCGGCACAGUCAUUUGUCUACAUGCGUUUGUUGA